UCUUGUUUUGACGCAUAGACUCAGAGACUCCUCCCUCUCUCUCUCUCUCUCUCUCUCUCUCUCCAGAGAAGAAGAAGAUGAUGCACAUGACCAUGUACUGGGGCGCAGACCUCACCCUGCUAUUCGACUGGUGGACCACCGACUCCUGGCCCACCUGCUCCCUCUCCCUCGUCGCCUGCUUCCUCUUCUCCCUCUACCAAUUCCUCGAAUCCCUCCGCAUCCUCCGCUUCAAACCCACCUCCGCCGCCGCUGCCGCCGCUGAUCUUCUGUCCCUGCCCCCCUCGAUCGAGGCUCCAUUCCUCUCGAAAAGAGGAGGCGGCAGACGCAUGCAAGGCCUCCGAAGGCUAGCCCACGCCGCGCUCUUCGGAGUCAACGCGGUGAUCGGGUACGCCCUCAUGCUGGCCGUCAUGUCCUUCAACGGAGGUGUGUUUCUGUCUGUGGUUCUGGGGACGAGGGAGGGCUGCGGAGAUGGGAUGAGGAGGUGUUGUGCCGUACAGUGGAAGCCCUAGGAGAUAAAAAUGGGGCAAGGGCAGUAUCGUCAUUUCACCUGGGAGGCUGUGGGAAAC